GGCACUGUACCGAGUUUGUAGGGGUUCUGUACAAGCCAACUCCAAUGUCCAAGAUCAGCCGCUUGACCAUGACCGUCAUCAGGACGGCUGGUGGUGGGAGAUCAACAAUGAUGAGAACAAGCCGAAGAGGCAAUACUCGCAGGGUCGCGUGCAUUCGGCAUUUUGCAAGAAUGCAUGGGCUAAACGCCAGGCAGCAUCCGCCCGGAAGGCAGUGCAGCUGUCUUCUGACCAAUCGCAGAAUAUGGUCAAAGCGGUGUUUAGCAAGUGGGCCCGGGGUCGGAACCUAGCAGCUUCUUGCAAUGUGGAAUCCUUCAGCUUCAUCGAGAAGCCCAAUGGUGAUCUUGCAUGGUACAAGACCAAAGUGAAAACAUACAACCGGCUAUCGAGGGCAAUGAACUUUGUGGUUGGUUGCCAUUUGAGUUCACAGACUGAACAGAUCUCCCGUUGGUUGAGUAAUGACAAGAAGUAUCCCACCCAUGUAAUCAUGACCAGAAUCACCGAUGACACCAAUGUGUGGGUGGACCCUCAAGACUCUUCAGCAGCCAGCAGUGCUGACAGUGGUGAAGACAACGAUGCGCCUGAGGGGGAAGUCAAACGGUCCCGAACUUGGAAGGCAAAGACCAAGGUCGCUCCGGUCUUGGGCUUUAUUCAAAGGAUUUGUGCGCGGUUUCCCGGGGAGACAUUGCCGGAGUGUGUGCAAGUACACGCACUGACUCGAUACCCACCAACGUAUCAAUCGCUGCAUUGGAGCAGAAGGCAUUUCUUGAGCGUGGCCUUAGCCGGACUGGUGAGGAUGGCCCACGCCAGCAAGUCGUCAUUGUUUCUUCAGCGGCUUGAGGUUGCGAUUGAUUCCAUCGCGGAAUCGGUGAUUAGACACACCGUGGUUGAACUACCCAAAAAGGUUUUGGAUUGGAAGCAGAUCAAGAUGAAAUCAGCUCUCAAAGGGACAGUGGGAAGUUUCUUUGAUGUUCCUUUGCUCUACCGCUGGAAGCAUUUUGACCCAGCAGUCCAGUUCACCCUUCGGAACCUGGUUAUUCACGGGUUGCUGAUAAUGGUUUGGGAAGCAACCAUGAACAAGUCGUUUGACGAUGGGGAUAUAGACUUGGCUGCUUACAUCGAUGCGGAUUCUGCUGACAUGGCCCCAGCAAUGAAGCAGAAGAUCAGGAUGGGCAAAGUUUGGCAGCUGCUUUCAGAAGAAGAUAUCAUUGCAAAGCUUGCAAAGGCAGUGGUGUUGACCCGGCCCAUUACGAACUAUAUGGACCACUUGUCUCUUUUGGAAACUGUUCGGAUCAGAACUCGUUUGCGCAUACAAAAUAUCCUUCCACAGACCAGUAAAUGCACAAUGUCACUGGAAGAGUUUGGGCAAAAUGCCACACGGGUCCUCACAGGGGAGGCUGGCAUGGAUGUCCUCCAUGAGUAUUUCAACAUUCUGCAGCUGCCAGGGGACCUGGCGUGGUCAUCCUUUUUUGGGUUGAAUCAAGAUGAAUGUUUGCCAAUCACAGUUAUGGGCAUGGCCGACAGUUGGCGAAGAUUGGUUUUACCCUUCCAGGGAAUGCCGUGGGCCCUCUUUCGUUUGAUCCACAUGGACUUCGAUCAAGGGAUUGAAUUUCUUCGGGACACGGGUUUGCGAACUGCUGUGUUGGAGCAUCAGCGCUUGAAGGAAGCUGUGGAGGAAACUUGCUUGGGGAAAACCAAAGGGAAGGUGGCCAGGUCUGUUCAGCAAGGGAAAGUGCAGAAGCACCAUCGCAAGACUCGAAAGGUGUCAGCUUACAAUGUGUUUGCACAGCGUCAGAGGACGAAAGUAGGCACAGAUGAAUCAAAAAGCAGCCUCAAGAACUUGGGUAAGGCUUACAGCCGGCUUUCCGAUGCUGCGUUAGCCGACCUCAAGGCAGAAGCUGCUAAGAUGAAUGCUUCCCGGGAAAAACUUUUGACCACUCCGAUCGCAUCCAAAGCAGUGCAAGAGGCAGAGUCUUCCGAUCUCCGGCCUUCCCAGGUACAGCGCUUGAACCAGCCAAGACUGGACAUAUCAUUGCACACGGUCACCGGUCAUGAUGUGUGGAGUCGUGGCCUUGGCCUUGGGGAUCAUGUGUGUGCGUUGAAACCCAGCUAUGUUUGCCAGCAGACAGAAAAUUUCGAGGCCAUGUCUGAGUUCUCUAAGAAGACAUUGCGCUAUGACCCCGGGAUCGAGAAAAAUUCAGAAGACAUGCCGAACUUCUCACGAUCAUGCUUGUGGGCAAACAGUGGCAUUUGUUCAGAAGACCCAUUCUUCAACAUGGUCAAAAAUCUGGUUGGUCAAUUUGACAUGGUGUUCUCCAACUACAAGCUAGGUGGGUCGCCGUUCAUUGUUCAGUUCAAGCAGGGCAUGUCUGUUCCGUUUGACUCCUCUUGGAUUGUCAUUGGCGCUGCGACCGCCAAACCUGUCUCGUACACAGGAGUUCAUUUAUAUGUUGAGCAGGGGUUGAAGCUGAGCAUCAAGACCAACAACAACAUACCUCAUGUGGGGUCGGUGCAUCAACUGUUCAGGGACCUUCUUCAGAAGUACAGUCACAGCAACAAUGGUUCGCAGCAUGGUUUCUCUUUGAAGGCGACCAUCUACAACCAGAUGACGUAUUGUCCAGCCAGUGAGGCCCGUCCCAUGGGAAUCCGUGCUGUUGACCCACCCGUUUGCCAUUUCACACUUGGUGAUGGCUUUGAUGCUGGUGACCAUCAACGUGUGAAACAGAGAACCGGUGCCGGCGGCGUGGCAGAGACCGUAGUAUCCGGUCUUUCCAACAUGUUGAGAAAACUCACUACCAGACCAAAGGCCAAAGCCAAUGCAAGCGGCAGUGGUCGUAUGCAGGCCCCCACGUUUAGUGGGGCAAAUGAUUUGGGACCGUCCAAAAAGUUUGACCCCGUUGAAAAUGCGUCAGCCAGUGGGGCCGCUAGUUCUUCCUCUGGCACUUUGCCCCCAGCCUCGGCCUCCGUUUUCGACGGCCUGUCCAAUCUUGACAUGGCCGCGCUGAAGAACUCUAGCGGCAGUGAUGGUUUUCAAAUGCGACAGCCAGCUGACGAUGCAAUGGUCGAAUCUUCAGCUCCAGUGGCCGCUGACCACCGUCCUCGGGAAGGUCUUGAAGAUUUUUUUUCUCUUGAGCUCGAUGAGGAUUCAAGACGUGAAUUGGACAGUGCGCUUCGUGUGGACCAGGCGGCACGUCAAGAUGCUUUGGCCAUGGCCCAGUCUUUAGAGGAUGAAAAUCAGGAUCCCGUUCCGGAGGCAUGCCAAGAGGCCCUUUCUUCGUUGGAACGAAUGAUGUCCAUGACAGGGAACUA